AUGGACAACGCGGGAUGGCAUGCUUUUCGUCGCGCUCAACGAGAGAGCGAAAUUUUCGUCUCACCACAGCGGGGUCCUGACGGGAGGUACCUUCCCGUAGAACAAAUUACGCCAAUGGACGAAAAUUUUAUUGGCGGCUUCCACCCUCACAUUCCCAGUCGUGCGCCGUCUCCGGCGCCUCCAUUGCCGCCUAAGGACAGGAUACAGCCAGGUUUCAACAGCAGUCAAGGCAGCCAACUUACCAUGUCCUCUUCCCAAAUGACACACUUGAGCGCGAUUGAGCGGUCGCAUUUGCUCCGAGUUGCUCGGAUGAAUCCUCAUCUUCAGUUCAUGGUUGGCCCCCUCCUGCGAUAUGAUACCAUUGAUGAGCAUGGAGUGUGGCACGGAGCAGCACUUAUAGUUACGGCCGAUGCUGGGUCUACUUACGAACCACAUCCCACUCUGACUUACGAGUGGGACCCCGAACUUCGCUCCGAAUACCUCAGGCAUCAAAGUUCCACGGGACAUGGCAAUGGCAGAUCGUUCGACCUUGGACCUCACCCUGCCGAUCCCCACUCGUCAGUUAUGCCAAUUGCACCACUAGGAAGUCCUGUGAAUGGCAAGACUGCCAGUGUUCACACCGAAGAAUCACCGGGCCAAGAAAUUUGGGUAUACGGUGGAAAUGGCGGGACUUUCACUUUUUGGCGCUUUAUGAUCCAUAUUCCUUUGGGACACCAUGAGAUGGCUGUAUCAUACUCGAUCAACAGAGGACAGAAACUACAUUUCUUCGUCCCGGGCCGGAAUCAAAAUAUGAGAUGGGCGGCGUAUUCGUGCAACGGGUUCUCCGCUGGGGUCAAUCCCGAUGACUUCAGAGGACCUGGUUUCCACACUGGUUAUGAUCCGGUAUGGGUCGAUUUACUGGAAAAGCACGCCGAGAAGCCGUUCCACAUGUUAAUGGGCGGAGGUGAUCAGGUAUACUGCGAUGGGCUGACCCGGGAGCCUGAACUACAAGAGUGGGUUGCCAAAAUGAAGCCCGAAGAGAGGAAAGCACAUCUCCUCAGCGACGAAAUCAGCGAGGCGAUUGAUAGAUUUUAUUUCAAUCACUAUUGUCAAACAUUUCGAAGUGGGGCAUUUGCACGAGCGAAUAGUUCUAUCCCUAUGAUGAAUAUGUGUGGUAGGAUCGAUUAUGUUGAAGAAGCUUUCAGACGACCAUGGUACUGUAUUAAUCGCUCACUGUUUGCUUCUAUCGGCGCGAGGGGCUACUUUUUCUUCCUGCUGUUCCAAUGCUUCCUGAAUGUUGAUAUCGAUGGUAUCAGUGAUCACCGAGGACAACACGUGAAUAGGUCUGUCAUCAUUGGAAAUCCCGGACCAUAUGUGAAGCUGCGUUCUCAUUCUUUUCUGGCUUCUCUUGGACCCCAGGUGGCCAUACUAAUGCUGGAUUGUCGUGCCGAGCGAAAGAAAGAUCAAGUCUGCAGCAGCUAUGAAUAUGAUAAGGUAUUCAAGCGAUUACGGGAGCUACCAGAGAGUGUAGAACACCUUGUGAUACAACUAGGUAUUCCAAUUGCAUAUCCCCGUAUGGUCUUUUUGGAGACUGCUCUGGAGUCCAAAUUCAAUCCCAUCGUUGCAAUUAGCAAGACGGGGUCUCUAGGCUUGUCAGGAUUUGUUAAUAAGUUCAAUGCAGACGCAGAACUUCUAGAUGAUCUAAAUGACCAUUGGACUGCUCGUUCUCAUAAGCGAGAACGAAAUUGGCUUAUACUGGAGCUACAGAAAAUUGCUUUGGCCAAACAUCUGAGAAUCACAUUCGUUUCUGGGGACGUUCACUGUGCUGCUGUGGGUGUUUUCAAAUCGCUGAAAAGCAAGGGCAAAGGCGAGAUUCCGCCUGCCAAGGAUCAUCGAUACAUGAUCAAUGUAGUGACAAGUGCAAUCGUGAAUACUCCCCCGCCAAUGGGUGUCAUAACAAUGGUUUGUGCCCUGGCAUCAAAAAUUCACAAAACCCUUCAUCACACUGAAACUGACGAGACCUUGUUACCCCUGUUUUCGAAGGACACCGAUGGUUCUUAUCGCAAAUUGAGGUACAUCAUGGGCCGCAGAAAUUGGUGUAGUGUCGAUUGGGAAGCGUCUUCUGGCGACCUCGUGUUUGACAUACGUGUUGAGAAGGAGAAAGGUCUUGGAACAACUGUCGGAUAUUCUGUUCGCACGCCUCCGCCUCGUUGGAAUCGAGGAUAA